AUGCGCGAAUCCUUCGAUGCCCCUCCGGGGGGCCCCCGCAGGGCAGCCUCUGCUGCAGCAGCAGCAGCAGGUGCUGCUGCUGCUGCUGCUGACAAUGCUAAUGAGAGAGAAGGCCGCGGGGCAUCACCCAGUCGAAGCUGCAGCAGCAGCAGCAGCCCUACAGCAGCAGCAGCAGCAGCAGCAAAAGACGAAAGGCAGGGCGAGGCGCGCGCCUGCUCUACUGUCAGCACGAGCAGCAGCACCAGCAACGCCAGCAGCAACCGCAGCAGCAUCAGCAACAGCAGCGGCAACCGCAACAGCAGCAGCAGCAGCAGCAGCAGCAGCCCGCCGAUGUCCCCCUGCGCACCUGCGCGCCGGCGCAGCUCUUCGCCUCGCCGCAGGGCGGGCGAAGCUGCUGCAGCGCGAGCAGCAGCAGCAGCAGCAGCAGCAGCGGGCUCGCAGUCGGAACCAGCAGCAGCAGCAGCAGGAACAGCAGCAACAGCUGCAGCAGCAGCAGCAGCAGCAGACAGUGGGGACUCCGAACUUGAAGAAAUGCCUCAAGAGGGAGCUGUCAGCGCUGUGCCGCCGCAGGCAGUUCCUGCGCUGUCUCGAGCGAAUUCAAGGGGCAGCAGCGGGCCCUCGCGGCAGCAGCAGCAGCAGCAGGAGCAGCAGCAGGGGCAGCAGCAGGAGCAGCAGCAGGAGGAGGAGCAGCAGCAGCGGCAGCAGCAGCAGGUCAGGUGCCCCGAGUGCCACAUUGCCUUUGCUGCCCACGAACUCAAUGACCAUCUCUUUUCCCACGCCAUAGACGCGCUGCAGCAGCAAGCAGUGCAGCAGCGGGCCUACGCCAGCAGCAGCAGCAGCAGCAGCAGCAGCAGGAGGCAGGCGCAGCUGCAGCGGACGCGCUCGGCCGGGCCCAGCGGCGGCGCCCCCAUGCCCAUAUGCGCGCCGCUGCGCCCCACAGCAGCAGCAGCAGCAGCAGCAGCAGCAGCAAGUGGACGUACACCUGAGCGCCGCACCUUCGGCGAGUUUGAGCGCGUGGCUUCGAGCUCCCCCAGCCCCAUCGCCUCCUCGUUUGCUGCUGCAGCAGCAGCAGCGAGAGCAGCAGCAGCAGCAGCAGCAGGCCGCUACCCGGGGCACCGCCGCGAGGCCCACAGCGCGCCCUCGUCGCAGCAGCAGCUGCCAAGAGUGUAUGAUCGGGCGAGCCGCUCGGAGCUGCAGCAGCAGCUGCUGCUGCAGCAGCAGCUGCAGCAGCAGCAGCACCAGCAGCAGCAGUACCAGCAGGUGCCGUAUAUAACAGCAGCAGCGCACAGAGGCGCCGCGCGCUCCCCCAGCAGCAGCAGCAGCAGCAGCAGCAGCAGCUUCGUGACUCGCGUGGCUCUGGCUCGAGACAGCAGCCCUUCCGCCCGCGAGCGGCUGCAGCACUACCACUACCUGCAGCAGCAGCAGCAGCAGCAGCAGCAGCGCUACAUUGACAGACGCCAAGACAGCCACCAAGUUCGAGAGUGUCUGGGGGGCCCCCGUUACAGCGAGUGGGGGGCCCCCCGCUGCAGCUGUACGUACACCCCAGUGUACGGGGCGGGCUUCGCGUACCGCCACGUGUGCAGCUUGCAUGCAGGAGCAGCAGCAGCAGGAGCAGCAGCAGCAGCAGCAGGGCCGCCCCUGCAGCGGGCGCACAGCGAGCAGCUCUACAGCGAGUACGCGCGCUCCCGCGCUGCCUCCCCGUUUGCUGCCAGCAGAGCAGCAGCCGCAGCAGCAGCAGCGCCGGGGGACAGCAGCAGCAGCAGCAGCAACAGGGGCUGGAUCUACUCGCGCAGCAGCAGCAGCACGGUGAUAGGCGUGGGGACUGUGGCCCCCACGUGGGGCGAAACUUUGAUAGCAGAAGGCCUAGUGCCUGCGUACGAGCCUCGGGGGCCCCCCCGGGGGCCCCCCCGGGCCGCCCCCGCCCUGGGGGCCCCCCCGGGGCCCCCCCCGGGGGCCCCCCUGGGGGCCCCCCUGGGGGCCCCCCCGAGGCCCCUCGUGGAGGGGCCCCCCUGGGCCCCCUUGCCCCGCGGGCGUUCGCUGCAGGAGCUGGGCCCGGGGGCCCCCGAGGGGCGCGGGGCGUCCGCGGCCGCGCAGCAGCAGCAGCAGCAGCAGCAGCAAGACGAGGAGGCGGAGCGGCGGCUGGUGGAGGCGUUCGCCGCGUUCCUCCCCGUGAGCAGCUACGAAGAAGGCCGCGGGAGACUGCUGGACAGGGACCAGCAGCAGUGCAGCAUUUGCUGCGAAGACUACAAAGAAGGGGAGCAGCAAAAGAGACUGCCCUGCACCCACAGCUUCCACCAGUGCUGCAUCGACUGCUGGCUGCAGCGCAGCUCCCUCUGUCCCAUUUGCAAGUUCGACCUCCUCGGCGAGCUGCGCAGGAGCUAG